AUGGUCUGUGAAGUUGAGGAUGUGGAUGGAAAUAUGGUAGCAUAUCAAGAUAAAAUAGCAGAUGUUUUGGUUAAAUUCUUUCACCAGAAAUUUCAGUAUAAAGAAGUAAACAUAGAUGAUUCCUUGUUGGAUGUUAUUCCCGAGUUAAUAUCAGAUCAAGAUCAAGUCAUGAUUGAAGCUUAUGAGUGGUUAAAAACAUUGUUUGCAUCUGCUAAAAUCUCUGUCAUGAUAAAUGGAGGACCUCAGGGGUUUUUUUCAAUGGAGAGGGGCUUAAAACAUGGUGAUCCCUUAUCUCCCAUUUUUUUUGUUCUUAUGGAAGAAGUAUUGAGUAGGAAUUUAACAAAAUUGGUAGAACUGAAGAAGCUGCAACCAAUGGUUAUUAGAAAGGGUGUUCAUCCAACUCACCUAUUUUUUGCAGAUGAUGUUUUCAUCUUCAGUAAUGGCUCAAAUAAAAUUUUAGAAGCUCUCAUUACUCUGCUCAAGAAUUAUCAAGACAGCUCUGGUCAGAUAAUCAACAAACAGAAAAGCAAAUGUUUUGUGGAUGGUUGUACUCCAUCAAGAAGAAACCAAAUUUCAAGCUUAAUGCAAAUGGAGCUUACAACAUUCCCUAAUAAAUACUUAGGUGUCAUAUUGAAGCCUGGGAGAGUUAAGUCUGCUACUGUGUGGCCAGUGGUGGAGAUGAUGCAAAGUUAUUUAGCAGCUUGGAAGGGUAAAAUGUUGUCAUUCCAUGAUAGAAUGGUGCUCAUAAAAUCUGUCCUCUGCAGUGUUCCUAUUUAUAAUAUGGCAGUCUACAAAUGGCCAAGUUCAGUAAUCAAAAUCUAUGAAAAAAUCAUAAGAAACUUCUUAUGGACUGGUGAUAGUGAAGUUAGAAAGCAUGAGACUCUUGGUUGGAGCAAAGUUUGUGCACCAUUCAAUGAAGGAGGCCUGGGUGAUACUCCCUUGAUUGAAACUGUGAGCUGCAUUGACAGAGUAAAAGACAAGUUGCAUAUGACUGUGAGUGAUAUAAUGGAAAAUGAUGAAUGGAGAAUUCCAUGUACUUUACAAGAUUUCAUUCCAGAUUCAUUACCAACAAUAAGUGGAGAUCAAGACAAACUUAUAUGGAGUGGAUAUUUGAAAGGUUCUUUUUCUACAUCAUCUGUUGUUGAGAAAAUUAGAAACAAGGAACAAAAAAUACAUUGGCCUCAUCAAAUUUGGAAGAAAAUUCUACAUCCAAGCAUUGCUAGUAAUGUAUGGAAAAUUCAACAGUGUGUGUACAUUAAUGAUGAAAAAAUCAAGACAGCAUGGAGCAUCUCCUGUGGUCCUGCAGUUUCAGCAAACACAUAUGGCAAUGGUAUGGCUGCUUUUGGCAUUAUUGCUAGAAAUUAUGAAAGUCAGGUCAUUGGUGUUGUCUCAGGUGGAACUAGUAUAACUACUACUUAUAUAGUUGAUGCAUUAGCUGUAGUGUGGGAUAUUGAAUGGGGAAUAAAAUUACAAUGCAGUAGGAUACUCAUCAGAUCUCACUCUUUAACAGUAAUAGAAGAUGCCAAAAAAGGAGUGAUGCCUUGGUGCUUACAAUCAAGAUGGAUGAAAGCCAAGAAGAAGAUUACUGAAAUUAUCUAUGAACAAUGUUAUAAAGAAGUGAACUUCUCUGCAACUGAGCUUGCUAAACAAGGUGCAAGAUUACCUCAGGGGUCUGUGGUCGUUAAUGAAGGAAAACCUUCAUCUAUAGCUCAAGUUGAAGUACUAGGUAUAAAGUACUAUAGAUUCUGUUAG